GAGAAAAUGGCAGCUUCCUCCCAGUUCCACCUUGGAUGGGGCUGUUCCUACAGAUCAGAGCUGCUUCACUCCAGCUUCCUGGGGGUCAGACCCAGUUCAUUUCUGUGCUCUCCUGUUUCCCCAGAAACCUGGAGGGAAAUCUCCUCACCGAGAUCCGGAGCGACACGUUCCGGGCAUGGCACGGGCUGCAGUUCCUCCAGACACUGGUCCUGGCCCAUAACCCCCUGUCUGUUGUCGAGGACACGUGGUUCUUCAGGCUGCCUUCAGUCAUGCACCUGGACCUGGGUGCCACACGAGUGACUCGGCAGACGCUGCUCAUGCUGCUCCUGAGGACAUCCCGCUUGGAAACACUCAAGCUGUCCAACGACACGGCCUGCUGCCUCUGCCAGCACAAGCACAGCACCGAGACCCCGUGCAGGACCCUCAGCUUCGACUGCACGAGCGUGUGCAGCACCAGUGCUCCCCGCUGCGCUCCCCUGGCAGAGACACCAGGGCCCCUGACGGGAGCCGUGCCACCCAGGGAGGGGAACAGCAGCUCCACGUUGGAGAUCCGGCCCAAGGAGCCCUCGCUCAGGGAGCAGAGAACAGUCACGCUCACGGUUGUCCUGAGCCUGAGCAGCCCCGAUGCGUCGGCACCUUCCCCUCAGCAGCUCUCGAGCCAGGAGAGCGGCACCGCCAAGGAGCUGGUGCGGAUGCUGCAGAGCGUUCAGCACAGGGGCUGGAGCAGCUCCACUGACACCGGGAGGUUCUAUUUUCUAGCAGAGGGGCUCGUGGCACAGCUCAAGACCUAGCUGCACAAGCCCGUGAGCAUCCUGACGGUGAAAAGCCCCAGCACAGCCCAACCAGCGCAGAGCGACGAGGGGCAGGAGAUGCCAGCAGGGCAGGGAGGAAGAGCCACAGGCUGGGAACAGCGUGAGCCUGGCUCGCACUUGACCCGGGCAGAAUCCAUCCUUUGGGAAGCAGCCCGGAGGGUGGACAUCAGUGACAUCCUGCCUGUCUCCGGCCACCAGC